AUGAGCUCUGACCUGUCACCUUCCGAACAGCAGGCGGGGUCCUCCAAGCUCAGCAGCACGUUUGGCGUGCGCCAGGAUGAAGUCACAGCUACUUUCAAGGUGGGAGGCAUGACAUGCGGAGCAUGCGUUGAGGUGAGUGUCGCGAAGCUGCACGUGUAGAGAGGGAAUGGAUCACAGUUCUCGCAGCCGGAGGCGCUCCAGGCGAUCGACUACUGGCCUCGUGAGCACAUUUCUGACUACUGCUUCCUAUCUCCGUCCUGCAUCACAGACGAUAGAGCGCAUGCUGCGACAGCAAGCAGGCAUCUAUUCCGUCUCGGUGGCUCUACUGGCUGAGCGAGCCGUCGUCGCGUACGAUGCGAGCAAAUGGACGCCGGCCAAGAUCGCUGAAGAAAUCGAAGACAUCGGCUUCGAGGCAUCGGCGUUGAUCGAGAUUGCAGAAGAUACGGUUCAGCUACACAUAUACGGCAUGACUUGUGCCAGCUGUACCUCGACGAUCGAAAAGGCCCUGAGAAGUAGAGUAGGCGUGAUCGACGCAUCUGUCAGUCUCGCGUUGGAGACGGCUCAAAUAGAGAUCGACACACGGCAGGUUGGCCCCAGAGAUCUGGUGGAGUUGGUGGAGGACUGUGGCUUCGACGCCACUCUCAGCGCUGCGACUAGCGACGACACUCAGUUGCAAAGUCUCGCCAGAGUCAAGGAGAUAGCAGAGUGGCGACAUGCUUUCUUCUUCUCCUUGUCCUUCGCCAUACCAGUCUUCUUCAUCAAUAUGCUGUUGCCCAGGUGGUCGUUCAGUCGAUCAAUACUCGUGUGGCAACCUCUACCCAACCUGUACCUGCAGGAUUUGCUCAGUCUGGCCCUGACGGCUCCAGUGCAAUUCGGCAUUGGCAAGCGGUUCUACUUGGUUUCGUGGAAAGCCUUGAGGCACGGCUCAGCGACGAUGGACGUUCUCAUUGUCCUCGGCACCACAGCUUCGUUUGCAUACAGCACGUUCAGCAUGCUCUUCGGCCUGCUAUGUGGCAGCGGAGCCGAGUGUCUCCGGCCGUCAACGUUUUUCGAGACUUCAACGAUGCUCAUCACAUUCGUCUCGCUCGGAAGGUAUCUGGAAAACGCGGCGAAGGGCAAGACCAGCGAAGCUCUAUCUAAGCUCAUCGGCCUGACACCAAGCACAGCGGUCAUCUGGGAGGACAAGGAGGCAAUGACGCGCGAACGUCGCAUUGGCAGCGAGCUGAUACAAAAAGGCGACUACGUCAAGGUUGUGCCAGGAGAGAAGAUUGCCGCUGACGGCCUGGUCGUGCGCGGAGAGAGUACAGUAGACGAGAGCAUGGUGACUGGGGAAGCCAUGCCCGUCUCCAAGACUGUCAGAAGUAACGUCAUUGGUGGCACUGUCAAUGGUUUGGGCAGUCUAGACAUCAUCGUCACUCGUGCCGGCAAAGAUGCUAGUCUUGCCCAGAUCGUUCGAUUGGUCUCGGAGGCGCAAGUUAGCAAAGCGCCCAUUCAAGCAUACGCAGAUCGAGUUGCUGGCCUCUUUGUGCCCAUGGUCAUCGGUCUUGGCGGCAUGACAUUCAUCUCCUGGAUGGUCAUCGCACAUCUGCUUGGCACGCAUCAGCUUCCCGACGUCUUUCAGCAAGAAGGCGCUACAAAAUUCAUGGUUUGCUUGAAGCUCUGUAUUUCGGUCGUGGUCGUCGCUUGCCCGUGCGCUUUGGGUCUAAGCACGCCGACCGCCGUCAUGGUCGGCACAGGCGUCGGCGCUCAGAAUGGCAUCCUCAUCAAAGGCGGCGGCCCCUUAGAGGCCAGCUAUACCAUCAGCCAAGUUCUGUUCGACAAGACUGGCACCCUGACCGAAGGCAAGCUGUCCGUCUCCGCCCUGUGCUGGCCGAAUGGCACCAUAGAGAGCGCUGUCGCCAAGGAGCACCUCAAGCUGUUGCCAGUGCCUAGGGAGUUGGAUGUCCCUGUGGUAGGGACCUUGUCGCGCCAGGGUGUUUUGGCCGCAGUCGCUGCCGCUGAGCGCAGAAGCGAGCACCCGCUUGCUCGUGCUGUUGCGGAGUAUUGUGCGGAUCAAGUUUCAGCACACGCGCGCAGCACCGAAUCGCUUCCGCCCCAAGCUGAAGCGACAUCUUUUGAGAGCGUCACAGGCGCAGGUGUCAAGUGCAGAGUUGUACUUGCAGGCAUGAACGGCAACCCCGUCUCUACUCACAUCGUCAAAAUCGGCAAAUUGGACUUUGUUGGCGCUGAAGGAUCGACCGCUUUAGAAGCGCAUCUAGAUGCCUUCCGCCACGCCGAAGAGAGUUCCGGAAGAACAGUCAUCUUUGCAGCCAUCGACGGCUCACUCGCACUCGUCUUGUCUCUGGCCGACAAGCUCAAACCUAGCGCACGGCCCUGCAUCGCUGCGCUGGCGCGAAUGAAUGUUCGGGUCGGGAUGUUGACUGGCGACACGGAGACCACUGCUCUGGCCCUCGCAAAGCAGCUUGGCCUCUCUGCCGAUGCUGUGCAUGCCGGCCUGAGUCCCAAUGGAAAGCGUAGCAUCAUCGCACGGCUUCGAAGCCAAGCUGAAGCAAGCAAGGCGCAUACUGGUGGGAUUGCAAUGGUAGGUGAUGGCAUCAACGACUCUCCAGCCCUGGCUGCGGCGUCGGUAGGAAUUGCUCUUUCGACUGGAAGCGAGAUCGCCAUGGAAGCCGCCGACGUCGUCUUGAUGAGAUCGGAUCUUCGGGAUGUCCCUGCAGCUCUGCACCUCGCGAGGCGAAUUUUCUCUCAAAUCAGACUCAACUUUUUGUGGGCCACGCUGUACAACAUCGUUAGCAUUCCCUUGGCCAUGGGAAUUUUCUUACCCUGGGGAUGGCACCUUCAUCCUAUGGUGGCCGGCGCGGCGAUGGCAUGUAGCAGCGUCAGCGUCGUACUCAGCUCUCUCACCUUGCGUUUCUGGAAGAGGCCGCAUUUCAUCGGCACGGCUGCGGACGACGAAGAUGAUCUCACCUCUCCUGUCGAUAAGCGCUGGCCCUCGAGCCCUGGUAGCCCAUGGCCGCGCAUCAGCACCUCCAUUCCUCCUGGCGCAUGGGAAUUUGCGACCAGCCCAGUGCAGUACGUCUUUGCGCGCGUCAAUCAGCUGAGGACUCGGCGAACCGAUGGUGCUGGAUACGAGCCGGUCGCUGUGGAGAUGGCUUGA